AUGAAAUGGGGCAAAGCCAUGUGAAGGGGGUAUUCUCAAUACCAAACUACCAGACAUCAGUACCCCACUUGGGCACUGGAAUGGUCGGAGUCAUCAGCAUAGCAUUUCCUUCUGAAAUAUUAUAAAUAUAAACAUCAAAAUGAGCCUUCAAACACCACCCUCAACUCAUUUCAACUUCUACUUCCUCUUCUAGUUAGCUCUAUACCAAUCAGAUCAGAACAUUAUUCCGACUGCCUUUCGUUUGAGAAAAUGGGGAUUCGGUUGCUAUCUUUGGUUCCUCAUGCCAAGCAAAUUCUAAAGAUGCAGUCAAGUUUUACCAAAAACCAGUUGGACGUUCCAAAAGGUCAUGUGGCUGUUUAUGUAGGAGAGAUCCAACGGAAGCGGUUCGUGGUUCCGAUAUCUUACCUAAACCAUCCAUCGUUCCAGAAACUGCUCAGCCACGCCGAGGAGGAGUUUGGCUUCCAUCAUCCACAAGGGGGCCUAACAAUUCCUUGCAGAGAAGAUGCCUUCGUUGAUCUCACUUCUAGAUUGCAAGUUUCUUGAAGGAUCAACAGCAAAGCACAAGCUUCAAUUUUUUACAAACAUUUCUGUUUGUUUCUGACUCAUUUGUUUUUUUUGAAUCAUACUAGAAUGUUGUAGAAUGACAUGCCCUUCUUGCCUGCAAAUGAGUGGCAUUGUAAUGGUGCAUUUACCAACAGAAAUGAAUAAGAAAAAAUACACAAAUUUAACAUCAAUUUCUAUAUAGCCUUUUCUUUGUUGCUUUAUUUGUGAUGGUAACCUGCAAUCCAUGGAACAAAGAAAAAUUGUUGCUAGAGCAUAGCACAUCACUAAAGAAACUAAGCAGCAUC